UAAGGUUGUAGUAGUAGCUGGCAAACUGGCACUUUGGUGGGAUCGAAGCCUAUAAAGGUUCGCUCGUACCAACCAAGUCUAUUCCAAGAGAGCCAUUCGGGUUAGCGUUACAUCGCUUUUCAAUUUCAUUUAGCAAGGAAGACAUUAUUUAAAAGGACUCAGAAGUCAGUACAAGUUCUUUUCUGCGGUUAUUUACAGUGCAGAAAUAUAAAGGUGCUCUAUGAAGAAAAACACAAUUGGCUCAUAUACUUGAUUUUGAGUUUUCUACUGAGUUUUGUAUGCCUUUUCACUUCACGCAAGUACUUACAAGUUUGGUGAUACAAUUCUCGAUUUUAUAUUAACAUUUGAAAAAAUGCCGGAGUGCACGUGCAAGUUUAAUAGAAUCGAAGGUGAAGAUAAUCACGAAUGCCAGUUGAAACUCCCGGUAGAGAAAAUCCAAGUGAAGAAUUUGUAUGAUGGUGAUAGACCUGUUGAUGAUCAGAGUCUCCUGAGGUACCGAGAUGGCUCCGUUCGUCUCAGAAAUCCCAAUAUUGAACUUAUGGAUCAAGACAUUCUUUAUCAUCUGGCUCUUGGUAGUGGGUCUCAUGAUUUAGUGGAAAUGUUUGGAGAUGUCAAGUUCGUAUGCAUGGGAGGAACUCCAAAGCGGAUGGAACAGUUCGCUUACUUCAUCAUGGAAGAAAUAGGUCACAAGCUUCCUGCAGGAACGACGCUACUCGACAUCAGCCAGUAUUCUUAUCGUUAUUCAAUGUACAAAGUUGGCCCAGUACUUUCCAUCAGUCACGGAAUGGGAAUUCCAUCGGUUGGAAUCCUCCUCCAUGAAGUUAUCAAGUUGAUGUAUCACGCAAAGGCCAAGGAUCCAGUUUUCUUCAGAAUUGGAACCUGCGGCGGAAUCGGCUUAGAACCUGGAACUGUGGUUGUUUCAGAGGAAGUAGUCGAUGGAAUGUUAAACCCAUACCUAGAAUGUCCAGUUUUGGGGAAAGUCAUUCGUAGACCAGCGAAACUGGACCGACAUUUAGCACGUGAGUUGAAAGCCCUUGCUCAUCAUGAUGAUCUGUAUGAUACAGUAGUUGGAAAAACCAUGUGCUGCAGCGACUUUUACGAAGGUCAAGGCCGUUUAGAUGGUGCUUUUUGCGAUUUUUCGGAAUCGGAAAAAAUGGAGUACCUUACCAGUAUUCAUAGCAACAAUGUCUUAAAUAUCGAGAUGGAGAGUCUUGCCUUUGCUGCUCUCACACAUCAUGCUGGAAUUAAAUCGGCUGUAGUUUGUGUCACAAUGCUGGAUCGACUCAAAGGCGACCAGGUGAAUUCUCCGAAAGAAGUUUUGGAUGAACUUCAAAAAAGACCUCAAACUUUGAUUUCACGAUACAUAACGAGGCAUUUGCAACGAAAGGGUCGUCUAACAUCAUUAGAUGGCCAUGGAUCUAUGUGUGUGAAAAGUCCUCGUCGAUUCAAACUCGUGCAGCAAGAAUCUGAAAAUUACGAUUAGACAAAAGCAAAGAAACCUUAUAUUAGGUUUUUGUUGCUUGAAAACAAAAAAAAGCGAACCUAUUGUUGUUCGCUGUGAGAAUAAUCUAUUGACCCUCAGUUAAUAAAUUAUGUGCUUAUUUAUUUGAAGGAAAACGGAUGUAAUGCAAGAGAUUCGUUUAUUUUUGACAGAAUGAAAAAAAAUAGCUAGACGCUGGAUUCAAACUUAAGAGAUAAUUCUUUUGUUGAAAUCAAGGAAAAUUUAAAGAUUGAUUGAGUCUUACAAGUAUGAAUUAUAUGAAAGAGUUACAUUCUUCAAAUUUAUCUUUUUAUGCUCUCUUGUAUUUUAAUCAAUAUUUUUAAUGGAUAGAAUUUCUGAAAAUAAAACCAAGAAUCCAACAACCAAAUUUGGACAACCACCAUAAAA